AUGGGUUCUCUCGGUUACGAAGAAGUUGAGUACGUCCACUACCAUGCCGGUGGCAAACGGGGUUCUCGCCCUGUCCUUAGAGGAGCGGCGGCGAAGAAGACGUUCGAGUCCAUCCCUGUAAUCGACAUCUCGGGAAUCUUCUCUGACUCUCUCGAGGACCGCAAGAAGGUCGCGAACGAGGUGGGUCAGGCGUGCCGGGAGGUCGGCUUCUUCUACGCCGAGAACCACAACAUUCCAGACGAGGUUGUCGACCAGACCUUCGACGCCGUCAAGAAGUUCUUCGCACUCUCGCACGAGGAGAAGAUGGAGGUGCAUAUCCACAAGUCCAAGGCACUCCGCGGCUACGAGCCGCUGUUCGAGACCAAGAUGGAGGGUGCUGGCAGGGGAGACGCCACGGACGAAGACAUGAAAGAGGCCUUCACCAUGGGUGAUGAUGCCACGGAGCCCGAGUCGCAAGCGCUCGGCAGGAUCAACUCGACCGGAAUAGAACGCAGCAACUGCUGGCCCUCGGCGUACCCCGAGUUCCGACCCGUCAUGUACCAAUAUUUCCGUUCGGUCAUGGCCUUGUCCAAGAAACUGAUGCAGAUCUUCGCCUUGGCACUCGAUCUGCCUGAGAACUACUUUGAUGCCGCCACAUCAUUUCCCAUGGGUGGCGUGCGCAUCCUGCACUAUCCGCCCCAACCCGUCCCUAAUGGCGCCGACAUUGGCCUUGGGGCGCACACCGACUACGACUUCUUCACCCUCGUGCUCCAGGAGUCGGUCGAAGCAUUGCAGGUGCUCAACGCCAACGGUAUCUGGGUUGACGCACCGCCCCGGCCGCGCAGCUAUGUGGUCAACAUUGGCGACUUUCUCAGCCGCAUCACCAACGACAAGUUCAAGUCGACAGUGCACCGCGUCGUCAACAAGAGCGGGAAGGAGCGCUACUCGAUGCCCUUCUUUUUCAGCCCCAACCGCGAGGCCACCCUCGCUACCGUACCCACCUGCGUCGAGGAGGGCAGCAAGUACGAGGAGGUGAACGCCGGCGAGUAUUUCCGCGAGCGCCUCAUCGCCGCCCGCUACCAACAUCCCGCCGCGAAGGCGGCUGCGGCCAUGCAGGUCGCCGCAACGGCAUGA